CGAAUCGUCACGCCCCGAUUGGCUUUGACCACGGCAGAAUACUUCGCGUACACGCGCGAGCAGCACGUCUUCGUCAUCCUCACAGACAUGAGCUCCUACGCCGACGCUCUUCGAGAGGUGUCAGCUGCUCGUGAGGAGGUGCCAGGACGCCGAGGAUAUCCUGGUUACAUGUACACGGAUUUGUCCACCAUUUACGAGCGAGCCGGCCGCGUCGAGGGUCGCAAUGGCUCGAUCACACAGUUCCCUAUUUUGACCAUGCCCAACGAUGACAUCACCCACCCGAUUCCUGACCUCACCGGCUACAUCACCGAGGGACAG